AUGUGGAAGGAGCGGAAUGAGAAGAAAACUGUGCCUCUGGAAGCAUACAAGACUGUGGAAAGUGGGUUCAGAAGCCUCAAGGACAUUGCAUCAAGGAGGAAAUUCUGUGAUGAGCUGAAUGCUGUCUUAGCCAAACUGAAGAUAGCUUUCGCCGAUGAUGUAUCACAUUUAGACUCAUCUGGUGAGCUGUUCACUCCAGCUGACUGCAUUCUACAGACAGAUUCCGAGUUGGACUCCACGGUUGAGGAGAGUCCAGCAAGCUCAGCUUCAUCACAAGACGCAUCGACAUCGAGAAAAUAUGUACAUAAAGAGUUAGAGGAAGAGGUCAAGAUCAUGCGAGAUGCCCAUCCACAGAGUGGCAAGGUAGGCAGGAGAGAGUUUCUGAAGACGGGAGAUGUGGCCUGGAGACGGAAGUGUGAGGUCCUCCUAGCCUUCAGACCAAAAGUGCAUGCAGGGACAUUUGGUGGCUCAUUCAGGGAGCAGAUCUACCUGUCAACAUUACCAGAAUGUUGUUUUGAGGAGCUGCAAGGCAUUUUUGCAGCCUUCAAAAGAGGAGACAUCCCUACCAUGCGGAACACCAAGUCCAUUAAGCCAGGCCUGUUUGCUCUACUUGUGGGAGAGAAGAGAGAGGUAGAGGUACACCACCACCUGUCUAACCUGGCCAAUGGUCUGGUCUCCCUAGACCAGUUCAGGAAGGACAUUUCCUCCUUAAAGAAAACAAGAAGUAACGAAGAGAGUAUGCAGGAAAUCAAGAGAGAAAAUCGCAGACUGAGAGACGAGAAUGCCAAACUGAAGGACCAGCUGGAGGAGAUGAGGCAGAAAUUCGGCAGCGGACAAAAUGAAAUGGAUCCCUUUACCUUUGAUGAGGCAGGUGAAGAAGUCCAAGAGGAGGAGGAAAAUCCAAUGAGUACCUUGGAAACUCAGCAGACCAGGGGUCCGAAGAAAGACAACAGAAGGAAAGAGACUGCUGUACAAAGAAAGGAAUCGGAGUUGCAGAAUGCUUGGGUUGUACUUGAAAGAAUCCAGGAAGAAGAUAUUUCCACACAGUCUGUUGUCACAAUCAAAUCAAGACAAAAAGGUCACAUUCACCAGAGGAGAUGCAGUGGAGGCAUUCUACUCCCCAGAGAAAACCUGGUAUCGCGCCAGUGUGUUGGGGAAAAGGAAGAAUCCAGAAGGUUACAGGGUGAGGUACACCAUGGACAACUUCGUGGAGGUGGUGAAACCUGCCCAUGUGAGGAAGAUUGCAGCAUAAUCUAAAUUCAUUGGACAGUGUUACAUGUAAAUGUCAGUGGACUUUCUGAUGGACACAUAAUUUAUUAUAAAUUAUUAUUAUAUGACAUUGUAUGACAUGCAAAUGACAGAUGU